AUGGCGAUGAUGACUGGUCGUGUGCUGCUGGUGUGUGUCCUCUGCGCGCUGUGGUCCGUUCCGGCCGAUGGAGAUGUUGUUGUUUCUGGUGGGGACGACAGUAUUUUGAAAGAAUUAUUUAUUCCAGUUGCGAGAUUGCAGUUAAGACAAGAACAAAGAGCAGCAGAAGCAGCAGCUGACGCAAAGGCAGCAGCAGAAGCAGCAGCAAAGGCGGGAGCAGCAGCAAAAGCAGCAACAGAAGCAGCUGAAAAAGCAAAAGCAGCAACAGCAGCAGCCAAAGCAGCAAAGGCAGCAGCAAAAACAGCAGCAGCGAAAGCAAAAGAAGCAGAGGAAGCAGCAGAAGCAGCAAAGGCAGCAGCAGAGGCAGUAGACACAGAGGAAAAAGCAAAAGCAGAAGCAGCAAAAGCAACGGCAACAUCAGCAGCAACAAAAUCAACGACAGCAUCAGAAGCAGCAAAAGAAGCAAAAGCAGCAGCAGAAGCAGCAAAGGCAGCGGCAGAGGCUGCUGCAGCAAAGGCAGAAGAAGCAGAAGCAGAAGCAGCAGUAAAGGCAGCAGCAGAGGCAGUAGCAACGGCAACAGAAGCGGCAGAAGCAGCAAAGGUAGCGGCAGAGGCAGCAGCCACAGCAGCAAACGCGGCAACAGCAGCAGCAGCAGCAGACAAAGAUGAAGCAGAAGAAGAAGAUGAUGAAGCAGCAGCGGCAGCAGCAGAGACAGCAGCAACAGCAACACUAAUAGCAACAUCAGCAGCAAAAGAAGCAGCAGAAAAGGCAGAAAAAGCAAAAGCAGCAGCAGAAACAGCCGAAGCAAAAGCUGCAGCAGCAGAAAAAGCAGCAGCAGAAAAGGCAAAAGCAGCAGCAACGGAAGCGGACGCAAAAGCAAGAGCAGCAAAGACAGCAGAGGCAGCAGCAGAAGCACUGCGAGGUACAGCAGUCGGAGAAGAGGGAGGAAGAACAGCAAUACAUGAUCAGGAUAAUUCAGUCGAACACCAUUCUGGAGAAAAACAAGAGCUUCUACAAGAAGAAGGACCGGAACGACAAGAAAAAGAACAGCAUGAAGAGCAGCAACACCAACAGCAUGAACAUUCCGCAAGAAAUGGUGAAGAAUCCGCGAAAGACAAUACUGCUAAUGGUACAAAUGCAACCGCAAUUACGGACGACAGUGACGGCAGCACCGCGGUCUCCCACACCACCUCCCCUCUGUUGCCUCUUCUUGUUGUUGCGUGUGCGGCUGCGGCUGCGGUGGUGGCCGCGUGA